AUGGUAGGUCUGCUGCUCGUACAAUGGCGCCUAAAGCUCAUCAAAUACAGNAUUUUGUUCAGCGGCCAGUGUAGCUGCAUCCUGGUCCUGGUUAGCGCCACUCCCCGACAACACUCAGUCACCACCGUGGACAUUGUACCCUACAUGUUCAUGGCCGCCUACAAUCUCGGUUUCAUGACCUCGAUCUGCGUCAAAACCUCGUUCGCGCUCUCCUUGAACAGAUGCUUCGCAGAGAGAUGGCAGCGUCUGCUCAUCACCAACAUGACGCUCUUAUUCUACAUUUAUGCGAGCACCAGGAUCUUUUUGGAUCUCUUCUUCUGUGGACAACCCAGUGACAUGGCUCACAAGGAGCUCGAGCAAUGCAAUCGCUACCCCGCCAUGGUAAAAUGGUGGUUUGCCGGUUCCAUCUUCAACGCCGUGGUGACUUGGAUCUACAUUCUACUCCCUGCUCUCGUCAUCUGGCUGUCCAGACUGAGUCUCAAAGUCAAGUUUGCAAUCUCGAUCAUCACGGUCGUGGGUACGAUGAGUGGACUGUCUGCUACCUUUCGCAUUCUGGGGUCUGGCACCUUUAAGGCCCUGAAAAACUUCAGCCCAACAAAUCUCGACAUCAUCGCAUGCAUGGUGGCUGAAAUGGCUUUCGGCAUCAUCGCGACUUCCAUGACGAACUCGACCAAACUGCCAAGUAUGUUGGCUCGAACCAAGAGUAACGAUGUUCGUCCACGAGCUGCGACCGAUACAUAUCUGGAAGGGGCAACCACCGACUUCAUCAAGCUCUCGCCCAUCCUCGGCCCACAGAAGCUUACUGUGGAUACCUGGAACUCAUCACGGACUCUGAAAGAAGUUCCUACUAUUGAGCAAGAAACCUUCGCACUACCUUCGCCAUCAUCCAAUACUGGGCGCGUCUCAUGGGACAGCACAUUCGGGUCGCCCAAGGCAGCGGCUCCUGCACCAGCUAGACUGACACUAAUCAUCGAUGACAUUAGCGAUGAUGAGGGCGAAAUUAAUAUGGUCAAGGGGUCACAUGGAACCAAAGAGACUUUUACGAAUUUAUAG